UUACACAGUUUGUGGAGAGUUAUCCCCCUUGAAUACUCUUUCUGUUUUGUAAUUUACUAAAAAUGUCACUCCGAAGAAUAGUCAAAAACUGGACACUUUUGUCCAAAAAUCAUCAUUGUAACAGACAUUUUGUCAGGUUUAGAAAAAGAACAAAGGCCCCAGAAGUGAUUGAAAAAUAUCUUGACCCAGAAAUGCAUCCAAGUUUAUCAAGUAAAAUGACUUUGUUGAGCCAGCAGGAAGAUGAUCAUAUCUACAUUACCAGAUACAGCGGGCUAGGAUUUGGUUUACAAAACAAUGUCAGAUUAUCUGGACCAACAGUAUUCUUCCCACGUAAUGCUCUCAAGUGGAAAAUAUUUCGUCCAUCUGAUAUUAAUGAGAGGUCAUUGAGUUUGUUUUCUCUGAUAACUCCUAAAUUAGAUUUGGUGAUUAUUGGUACUGGUAGCCACAAACAAGAAUUAUCCAAAGAUACAAUCAAAUUUCUAAGACAGAAUCGUAUAAAUUUUGAAGUUAUGGCCUCCGAUAAGGCUGUUGCAGCAUUUAAUUUCCAAAAUAAUGAUCAGCGUUGGAUUGCUGCGGCAAUACUUCCACCAGAAGAAUCACAGAAUGAUUUAUUAGAUUAUAUACAAAAUGUGUAUGAUGAUAUCCUUGAUAGCACAGACAUGAUUUACUCUGAAGAAAAAGAAUUGCCGAGAAUAAGGAACACUGACAAGACAAAAACACAAAAGUUAGAGGAUCCUCAGAAAGGUGCUGAGAAGAUAAAACAAUUACCGGAUGAUUCCACUGAGGAUACUGAGGCAGAUACUGUAGUUGAAGUGAAGGAGUCUGAUGUUCACUUUGUGAAAUCUCCUCUUGGACAAAGUCUAGACUUUUUAUCCAGUGAUAGUAUUGUUAGAGAAGUUACUGAUGAUCAAAAGGUGAAAAGAAAAACAUUAAACAAGAAAAGAUAUUCAGAAGAAAGGAAAAUAGAGGAUAAAGACACAAAGUGAAAUUGUUAGGCUGGCAAUAUAAUUUAAGUGUUUGGCUGGCAAUAUAAUUUAAGUUUUUCUGUGCAGAGCUUUGGUAUUUAGACAUUAACAAUAAAGAGCAAAUCACUGUUUACUUGUGUCUUGCAAAAUUAUGGAAAUAUUCUAAAACAAAUUGUGAUAUUGCGUUUUAAUCUGCAUUGAUAUUUAUUAAAAGUUUACAAACCUUAAAUAUACACUGAGAAGCAAUAUGGUUUUACUUUCAGAAUGAACUCACCCGCUUAGCUCAGUAGGGAGAGCAUAGGUGUACGGAUCGCGAGUUCUAUUUUCUCGCUCUCGGGCGGGGCAUAUGUUCUCUGUGACGAUUUGAUAAAAGACAUUGUGUCUGAAAUCAUUCAUCCUCAACCUCUGAUAAUUCAUGUUGGGAAGUUGGCAGUUACUUGUGGAGAACAGGUUUGUACUGGUACAGAAUCCAGGAACACUGGUUAGGUUAACUGCCCGCCGUUACAUAACUGAAAUACUGUUGAAAAACAGCGUUAAACCCAAAACAAGCAAACAGACUUUCAGAACGGA